AUGUGCCGCGCGUUCCGCGAAAAAUUCGUUGACUUCAUGAAUAGGGUUGAUGACUGGGUGUCAAGCGGUAGCAGCAAGUCGUGGGGAGUGCCGGGCUCCGUGUCCAGCUACUCUGUGGGCGCGCGCUCCGUGCCAGCCUCCGCCUCUCUCUACUCCGUCACCAGCGGAGAGUCUUCCAUCUCCGUGUCAAGCUACAGCAAGUCGUGGGGAGCGCCGGGCUCCGUGUCCAGCUACUCUGUGGGCGCGCGCUCCGUGCCAGCCUCCGCCUCACUCUACUCCGUCACCAGCGGAGAAUCUUCCCUCUCCGGUAAGAGACUCCAAGUGUCAAGCGGUAGCAAGUCGUGGGGAGUGCCGGCCUCCGUGUCCAGCUACUCUGUGGGCGCGCGCUCCGUGCCAGCCUCCGCCUCGCUCUACUCCGUCACCAGCGGAGAGUCUUCCAUCUCCGUGUCAAGCGGUAGCAAGUCGUGGGGAGUGCCGGCCUCCGUGUCCAGCUACUCUGUGGGCGCGCGCUCCGUGCCAGCCUCCGCCUCGCUCUACUCCGUCACCAGCGGAGAGUCUUCCAUCUCCGUGUCAAGCUACAGCAAGUCGUGGGGAGUGCCGGGCUCCGUGUCCAGCUACUCUGUGGGCGCGCGCUCCGUGCCAGCCUCCGCCUCGCUCUACUCCGUCACCAGCGGAGAGUCUUCCCUCUCCGGAGUGUCUUCCGUAUCGUCGAACAGCGGUGGUAACGUCAUCAAUGGGUGUUCCACGAAGCUUUGUGGCGGUGCCAAGUGCGGCGGCGCUUGCCUGGGCGCGGUGCCGCGGGCGGCCGCGUCGGCGCCGCCGCGUGCGAGGCAGCCUGCCUCCAACUCGCUGAGGCGGUCACAGCACCAUAGCAUGAAGGCUAGACUCCAAGAGUACCAAGUCCACAGCUACACCGGCGGUCCCGGGUCGGCGGGCGGGGCGGCGGGCGAGCCGUCGGGGCGUCUGCCCCCCAUCAGGGAGUUCCAGCGGGAGUUCCGCGAGGGCCGUCGCGAGAGCGCCGCCGCCGCCUCCGCCUCUACUAGGAUAAGAUGUGCCCAGAAAAUAGUGACACAGCUAGAAACAUCACCACAGAAGGACAAACAGCACUUCUUCCGGCCUUUGAAACCUUCGAAUAAAGACGAUCCACCCAGAUCCAGAGAUCAAAGCAAAGAGACUGAAAGGAAAAAAGAUAACCCCAAAACAAAACCCAAGAAAGAAGAUAAGAAGAAUAAAGGCGACGAAAACACGAAACAGGAUGAAAAAAGCAAAAAGGAUGAGAGUACGGAUAAUAGGAAAAAUGAAAUAGCAGAGAGAAAGAAAGAAGAGAAACAGCGGCUUAAAGCAGAGAAGGAGGCGAAGAAAGAAGCUAAGCUUCAGGCUAAAGAGGAAGAACGACAGGCCAAACUAUUAGCAAAGGAGGAAGAGAGACAAGCCAAAUUACUCGCGAAGGAAGAAAAAAAAAAGGCUAAGAAAGAAGCGAAGCUCGCCGCGCAAGCAGAAAAAGAAAAGAAUAAAUAAGGAUCAAAUUUAAAUUUUUACAACGUAGCAACUCGUAGCCGUCUUAAAAUUAGAUUCGAAAAAUUGUUAUUAUUGAAGAAUCGUAAAAACAAUUUUAAAUAGCAAGUAUUUAACUAUUGUAGUCCACAUAUACAAAUAUUUAUUACAGUAAAUAAAUGUUAAAGUUUAUUUUUUUACUUCGAUUGGAUAAAGAUUAAUUUGUGCUUUGAUACUGAUUUACAUUUGGUUGAUUAAAAUUGUUUUAGCUUAGUGACAAUUUCUUCUUGAAGUUGUUGACUAUAUUAGGGAUGUUGUAUAUAGUUUUAUUAUCAAGUGUUAUAAUGAGAAGCAAUCUAUAGUUGUUGGGUCAUAGUUGGAACUCUACAAACUGCGAAGACUGAAAGAAUGGGAUAAUGAAAUCAUAUCGUUUUGUAAUUUACUUACUUGUUUAACACUAAAGUUAAGAGCUUCGUGCAUUCCAGCACCGCCAAAGAAUUUAUUUAUUAUGUAGGUACUCAUUUUGUCGUACUUAGUUUAUCCUUAGGUGAAGCUUUGAUUAGUAUGUAUAAUAUGUAAGUUUAAGUUGUUCACACAAUAAAUCUGAGUUAGUUCAUACUACUUUCAAGAUAUUUUAAUGAUUAAUUUGGUGAGAUGAAACAAUAUUUUUUACUACUUAACUUAAAGCAUAAUUAAAAUGAUCAGAAAUUAAAAUAUCCAGUAUCCAAUCCAAGUUAACAGUAUCUUAACAAUAUUUCAAGGUGAUUCAAGAACAUAGAAACUAUUCUAAAAUAUUUUAAACCCAUUAAGUAAAGGAUAGAAAGUAGAACCAUAUCAGGUCGCAUUUAGCAUAUGCUAGAUAAGUGUUGACAUUAAUUUUGUAAGAGUUCCAAGUGUCGGAAUUUAUUAUUGUCAAUCGUUAGAAAUUUCCUGUAAAAUAAAUAACAAUGUUACCAUAGUCUUAUUCUUUAUUUCAUCCAAAAAUUAUAUCCCAGACACAUAAUAAUAAUCUACAUUAACUGGAAAAGUUAAAAGAAUAAAAAAAUGGGGCCUAUAAUAAAACAAU